AUGAACCCCAAACUUCCCUAUGUUCUCCUGGUUGGGGCUGCAGUGAUAAUCUUCAUUCUUUCCUGCAUGCUGCUGAGCAGGGGGAGGCGAUCACCCAGCUGCGAAUCCCAGCCCCGCAUUGUGGAGAAGACAGGAUCCACAAGCCAGAGCCUGGUCUUUGCCGAUCUGACGCCCGAAGAGAUGGUGCAAGUGGUGCGGUACCUGCAGGGAAACCUUGGGGUGCAGCUGGUUGAUGCUUCGCGUGCAAAACCCUCUGACAACUGCAUUGCCUCCGUUGACCUGCAGGUCCCCGCCAAGGCGGAGGUGCUGCGGUUCCUGGAUGGUGGAGGGGCUCGCCCCCCCCGAGAGGCGCUGGCUGUGCUGUACUUUGGGAACCAGCCAGACCCCAAUGUCACCGAGUAUGUGGUGGGUCCGCUGCCGACGCCGACAUAUCACCGGGACGUCACGGUGCAGAAGUACAGGGGGAAGGUACCGUACCACCGCAGACCGAUGCUGGGGAGUGAGUAUGAGCAGGUGGGAGCAUUCUUAGAGAAGGUGGCAUUUGCUGCAGCCCCAACCUUUCUGAAAGAAGUCUUUGAGUACGACAGCACCAACGUGGCAUUUCAGACCACAGCCCCUCACGGGUUACGGUCUGGAGACCGUAAGUCCUGGUUCGUCGUGUUUCAGAAUGUGAGCGGGUUCUUUGUGCAUCCAGUGGGGCUGGAGGUGCUGGUGGACCACAGCAGCCUGGACAUCUCCCAGUGGGCGGUGAGCAGGGUCUUCUACAACGGGCAGUACUACAGGGACAUGGUUCAGCUGGAGAGCGCCUACGUGCAGGGUCGCAUCAGCGUGCAGAAGGCCUGGAGCUUUGCCUUUGGGAUGAGCGUGAACACAGGCCUGCGCCUGUUUGACGUCCGACACAAGGGGGAGAGGGUUGCCUAUGAAAUCAGCGUCCAAGAGGCGUUGUCGGUGUACGGCUCCAACUGCCCUGGAGGAAUGUCAACGAGGUACAUGGAUGGGAGCUUUGGCAUUGGGCGCUACACCUCCCCCUUGGUGCGAGGGGUCGACUGCCCAUACUCUGCCACCUACAUCGACACACACUCUCUGUGUGAGACCCUGAGGCCCAGCAAGAGAAAGGCUUCCCUCUGCAUCUUUGAGCAGAAUCUGGGCUCCCCUCUGAGGCGCCACUACUCCAACUUGCAGUCGUUCUACUACGGGGGGCUGGUCAACUCUGCUCUGGUCAUUCGGUCCGUUGCCACUGUGGGCAACCACGACUACGUGUGGGACUUCAUCUUCUACCAGAACGGGGCCAUCGAAGGCAAGGUCCAGGCCACGGGGUACACGAGCUCGUCCUUUCUCCAUGGGGAUGGUCUGAGAUACGGCAAUAGGGUUUGGGAGCACACGCUGGGUACAAUAUGCACCCAUUUCAUCAACUAUAAAGUGGACUUGGAUGUGGGAGGGGUGAAAAACUCCCUGGUGGCCCAUGACAUGGCAUUUGAGAUGGUGCGGGCUCCCUGGAGCCUGGAGCAGCAGAUAGAGCGGCCACGACUCACCAAGAAAGUCCUGGACACGGAGGACCAGGCUGCCUUCCGGCUCCAGUCGAAGAUGCCCAGAUACAUCUACUUCGCGGCCAACGGCAAAAACAAGUGGGGCCACCAGCGUGGUUACAGGAUCCAGAUCACCAGUUUUGCGGGGGACCAUGUCCCCGAAGCCAGCUCCAUGGAGAGGGCCAUCAGCUGGGCAAGGUACCAGCUGGCCGUCACCCGGCGGAAGGAGGAGGAGCCCACCAGCACCAGCAUCUACAACCAGAACGACCCCUGGACGCCCACCGUUGCCUUUGCUGACUUCAUCAACAAUGAGACCAUCACCAACGAGGACCUGGUUGCGUGGAUAACCACUGGUUUCCUUCACAUCCCGCACUCUGAGGAUAUUCCCAACACGGUGACAGUGGGAAACUCGGUUGGCUUUCUCCUGAGACCCUACAACUACUAUGACUUGGACCCCUCCAUAUACUCACAUGAUGGCGUGUUUUUCACCAGCGAGCAAGACUUCACGGCAUGUGAAAUCAACCCUAUUGCAUGCCUGCCCAAAACUGCCUCUUGUUUGCCAAACUUCCCCCCAUUCACCUUUGAUGGUUUCCAAAAUAUAAGCAGGCUUUAACGCUACAGGACGGUGUUAGGAGACACAGUCAGAGACACCAGGUUGACUGUUCUGUCUCAGAUUUUCAGUUUUUUGGUGAAGUUGUCUCAAUUUCCCGUUGUGCAAUGGCUUCACUUUUUAUCAUUGCUUUUUAAAAUAGUGCUCUUUAAAAGGGAAGCAUAAUCUUCCUGGCAUGACGCCAGAUGGGAAUCUACAUUAUCUCUGUUAAUUGCUGAAUUUGAGUGUUGCAGGAGGAAAGU